AUGGAUACUUAUAAUUUGAAGAAGGAUAAUAGAAAAAAGUUUUAUGAUAAACAGAAAUUGAAACAUCGGCAUGCUACUAAAAGUGAUGUCAAGUAUCGUCAAUUAAAUAAAGAACAAAAUACAACAGAUACUGAGGUUGAAAAUGAACCUUUACCAUCAAAUGAGGAUCGUUAUAGUGGUGAUAUUCUAUAUGUGCCACCUGAUCAAGAUGAACAAUUACAAGUGAUCUCAAAGUAUGCAAAUAAAAUAAUUAAGCGGAAACUGCUCUCGGAAAAGAAGAUUAUAGAAGGGACGGAUAAAGAUAGUCUGGAAGAGACCAUGGCAUCUUUGAGUCUUUAUUCUGAAUCUAGAACCGUCAAAAGGAAAGAUAUUAUGCAGAUGGAUGUAGACUCCUUGAAUAAGAUAAUCAAGGGAAAUAAGAAUGAGGAUUUACAGGUUAAUUCAACAAUUAAAGAAAGCACUACUAAUAUUAAGAACACUCUUAAAGAUGUGAAUCCGUGUAACAACAAAGAUAAUAAUGGAAACCCUGCCUCAUUUCAGUUGGGUAUCUCAGAAUCAUUUGUACCAGACGAUUUAAAGGAGGAUGAAGCCUUUUUAGAUCAAUUUCUGUGA